AUGUCUUCCACAAGGCGAGUGUGCAGUAAUGCGCUCCGCGCGGGUCGCUGCCGCGUCGCGGCGCCGGCACCGGUCGCGGCCUCGAGACGGUGCUUUGCUGUUGCUGCUGCUGCUGCGGCGUCGGCGUCGUCGUCCAGGUUCGGAACCACCACGACCCGUGUAACGACGGCAGUCGCCUGCCGGCUGGGGAGCGCGCCCGUCGCGGUACCGAGGCUCUUCUCUUCCGAGGCGGACGGGCACCACGAGAUCGCGGCGAACGGCAGCAAGCUCUGGACAUACGAGCAGAUGGCCGAGCUGGCCAAGGACCCCAAGGGCGUCGUGAUUGUCGACUCACGCGAGCCGGGCGAGCUCCAGCAGACCGGGCGCAUACCCUCCGCCAUCAAUGUCCCCGUCUCGACGGCUCCCGAGAGCUUUCACAUCCCCGAGGAGGAUUUCGAGGAAAGGUACGGCUUCCCGCGACCCGGAAAGGACACGGAGCUCGUAUUCUACUGCAAGGCCGGCGUGCGGAGCCGCGCGGCGGCCGCGCUGGCCAAGGAGGCCGGGUGGACCAGGGUCGGGGAGUACCCCGGCAGCUUCCUGGACUGGGAGAAGCACGGCGGCGAGGUCGAGAGGGGCGGCAAGGGGCCUGGGCAGAGGUGA